UUCGGAUCGUGAUUAGCGUGUUCAUUGUUCAAUCCAUAGUCCACGCAUAAUUUCGAGAGUUUAUUGUACAAAAAAGUCUUGGUUUGCACAUUAGCACGAAAUUACAGGUUACAUUUGGUAUUGUCGUAUCGCUGAUAUUGCAUCGAUUGAAGUCAUACUCAAAUUACGUUUUGAAAUACAAACAUUAACCAGUUCCAACCAAGCUGUCGCAAGCAAACAUCAAAAUGUCUACACGAAAGAUAUCUCGCCUGAAUGCAUCAUCAGACAAGGCAACACAAGUGGAAGAUCAACAAAAUGCUGGUGCUGUUGCUGUUGUCACCGAUGCUGCCGCCGUAAAACCAACACCACCUAUUUUCAAUCUCAACGAUGAUUGCUGCUUUGCUAUUUUCGAUUGGCUGCCACGUAAAAGUCUAAACUCAUUCGGCCAAGCGUGCAAAUGGGCACAACGAGUUGCGGCCCAUUUCUAUCAAAUGAAACACUCAGCAAUGGAAUGUGAGGUUAAUUCAUCACAUCAUAUCUCUGGACUUGAUGUCUUUGAUCUCAAAAACACGCAAAAGCUGCGAAUUUGGGGAACGAGCUUGGAUUCAUACCGCCACGUCAAAUCAUAUUUUAAUCGGCCGAUAAAGCAAAUUUCCUUGGGACGUACCACAUUAUCUCUGGCGGAAGUCAAUUGUCUCAAGAAGGUCCUACGCACUGUUGAAUGUGUGAAAAUGGAUAAUUGCAUAAUCAACGGCGAUUUCCAUGAGGAUUUUCUUACAUUUUGUCCAAAUUUGAAGGUUCUUUGUAUUUACAAUCGAUAUGGUCGUUUCAUCCGUAAUCCGAAUGGAAAUCAAAUUUUGAUUGGUGUUGACAAUGGAUGGUUGGCUCGGAAGUAUCCGACACUAGAACGGUUGGAAGUAAUCCAUAAUUUCGCACAAAAAAUCGAUGAACUCAAAACAUUUUUUGAACAAAACCCGAACAUCCGCAGCCUUAUCACCAACUCUGUAUUUCUUGUGGCAAACUGGGACUUGUUCAGAACGGCAAACAUUAAAUUGGAUACGUUAGCGAUUCGUUUUGAUAAUGCGGAUAAUGUGAUGGGAAUUUGUGACAGCUUAAAUGCUCUUCAUGAACGUGGUGUCUUUAAGCGAUUGCAUUGCUAUAAUAAAAGCAUCUCUGAUCAACUGGCUUCAUUGAAUGCGAUGGAAAAAUUGGCGAUUACGUCUUGGAGUGCUGGUGAUUGUGCAAAUAUUUCACCACUUUUGAUCAACAUCAAAGAACUGAGCAUUGAUGAUAUAACUGUUAAUUCACACAUGGAAACCACUGCUCGUAAUCUGGUGAAUCUCGAACGUGUUUAUCUCAGUGAACCAACAUCUGCAGCAAUUAUGUCGUUCAUUCGUCACUCACCAAAAUUGAGGAAAAUUAAGGUCGAGUAUGGUUCUCUAAUACUGAAUAGCAAAAACGAUGGACUUGAUCUUGCGGCUUUGAACAAUGAACGUGCAAAAUUGGCUGGAGCACGAAAAGUUACGAUUUAUGUUGGAGAAGGUGUGUAUUUGGCGAUAAAGUGGGCAACAACCAAAACUGACUACAGUUUGAUCGAGUUGAGGCGAGAAAAUUCAUACGAUUGGGACGAAGAUUUUAUCUAUUGAAAUUUCACCAAAAAUACUGUUUUGGGAAUGGAAUUGACUAAUUUAUUAUUAAUUCAAGUCAGCUUUUCAGCAGAAAGCAUUACAUCCCUUGUGUUCUAUCGGUGCUCUUCUAAGAGAGCAGCGCCUUUAU